CCAGCGGGCCAGCCAGCCUGCGGAGACUCCCGGGUCCCAGCGCGGGACUGGGGCUGGGGGUGGACAGCCCAGCCGACCUGGACGGCGCUCUAGCCGACCCCGGGCUUUACUAUGAAGGCGCCGCGGAGCGCGUAAGGAGGAUGCAGCAGCAGACGCCGCGGCGGGAGGAGGAGUAGGCGGUGGUGCCCUCGGGAGGGAGCCGCGCACGGGCCAGAGGCUCCCGGAGGCUCCGCAGUGCCGCCGCCGUCGCCGGGGAGGCUCCGCAAGGGAGCCAUGUAACCCUGCGGUGGGCUCCGGGCUGCUCCGUCCUUCCACUGCUCCCGGGCUAGCGCGGCAGCGGGGCCACGAUGAAGAAGCAGUUCAAUCGCAUGCGCCAGCUGGCCAACCAGACGGUGGGCAGGGCAGAAAAGACUGAAGUUCUGAGUGAAGACCUUCUUCAGGUGGAGAAGCGGCUGGAGCUGGUGAAGCAAGUGUCCCACAGCACGCACAAGAAGCUCACUGCAUGUCUCCAGGGCCAGCAAGGGGCAGAGGCCGACAAGCGCUCUAAAAAAUUGCCUUUAACAACACUGGCUCAGUGUUUGAUGGAGGGGUCAGCUAUCCUGGGAGAUGACACACUUCUUGGGAAGAUGCUGAAACUCUGUGGGGAGGCAGAGGACAAGCUGGCGCAGGAGCUGAUCCAUUUUGAGUUGCAAGUGGAGAGAGAUGUGAUCGAGCCCUUGUUUUUGCUGGCGGAGGUGGAAAUCCCAAAUAUUCAAAAACAGAGGAAACACUUAGCAAAGUUGGUGCUGGACAUGGAUUCUUCACGAACAAGGUGGCAGCAGACUUCCAAGUCUUCCGGUUUGUCCAGCAGCUUACAGCCUGCCGGUGCCAAAGCAGACGCCCUCAGGGAAGAAAUGGAGGAGGCUGCCAACAGAGUGGAGAUUUGCAGGGACCAGCUCUCAGCGGACAUGUACAGUUUUGUGGCCAAAGAAAUUGACUAUGCAAACUACUUUCAAACGCUAAUAGAAGUGCAAGCUGAAUACCACAGGAAGUCACUGACGCUCCUGCAGGCUGUGCUGCCUCAGAUAAAAGCACAACAGGAGGCCUGGGUGGAGAAGCCUUCCUUUGGGAAACCGCUGGAGGAGCACCUCACGAUCAGCGGCCGGGAGAUUGCCUUCCCCAUUGAGGCCUGUGUGACGAUGCUGCUGGAGUGCGGGAUGCAGGAGGAGGGACUCUUCCGAGUAGCCCCGUCUGCCUCCAAGCUGAAGAAGCUGAAAGCUGCCCUGGACUGCUGCGUGGUGGACGUGCAGGAGUACUCCGCAGACCCCCAUGCAAUUGCAGGAGCUUUGAAAUCUUACCUCCGAGAGUUGCCAGAACCUCUUAUGACCUUUGAACUCUAUGACGAGUGGAUUCAGGCUUCCAACAUCCAGGAGCAAGACAAGAGGCUUCAGGCUCUGUGGAAUGCUUGUGAAAAGUUGCCCAAGGCCAACCACAACAACAUUCGAUACUUGAUCAAAUUCUUAUCCAAGUUGUCAGAAUAUCAAGAUGUAAACAAGAUGACUCCCAGUAACAUGGCAAUCGUCUUAGGACCCAACCUCCUAUGGCCGCAAGCGGAAGGGAACAUCACGGAGAUGAUGACCACCGUCUCCCUGCAGAUCGUCGGGAUCAUCGAGCCCAUCAUCCAGCACGCGGACUGGUUCUUCCCCGGGGAGAUCGAGUUCAACAUCACAGGGAACUACGGGAGUCCGGUGCACGUGAACCACAACGCCAACUACAGCUCAAUGCCCUCCCCAGACAUGGACCCCGCCGACCGGCGCCAGCCCGAGCAGGCCCGCCGGCCCCUCAGCGUUGCCACGGAUAAUAUGAUGCUGGAGUUUUACAAAAAGGAUGGCCUUAGGAAAAUCCAAAGCAUGGGCGUGAGGGUGAUGGACACCUCCUGGGUGGCUCGAAGAGGCUCCUCGGCAGGCCGGAAAGGGUCGUGCGCCCCGCCCUCCACGCAGCCCCCCGCCCCACCCGCAGAGCUGGCCGCGCCUCUGCCCUCGCCCCUUCCGGAGCAGCCCUCAGAGGACCCCGCGCUGCCCUCGCUUUCUCCAUCCAGCCUGGGCCUCCAGCCUGGGGCGGAGCGGACCAGUGCUUCCAAAGGCAAGGAACUUUCUCCGGGGUCUGGGCAGAAGGGAAGUCCGGGUUCCAGCCAGGGGCCACCCUGUGCAGGGACGCAGCCAGGGACGCAGCCAGGCGCCAGUCCCAGCCAGCUGCCCGCAGACCAGAGCCCCCACACUCUCCGGAAAGUUUCCAAGAAGCUGGCCCCGAUUCCACCCAAGGUUCCCUUCGGCCAGCCGGGCGCUGUGACGGAGCAGUCCCCCGGCCAGCCCUCCCCACUCAGCCUGUCUCCUACGCCGCCGAGCACCCCGUCGCCCUACGGACUGAGCUACCCUCAGGGGUACCCCUUGGCCUCAGGCCAGCUCUCCCCGGCUGCAGCAGCGCCCCCUCUGGCCUCCCCUUCCAGCUUCACGAGCACUUUAACCAAAUCGCGGCCCACCCCUAAGCCCCGGCAGAGGCCCACCCUGCCGCCGCCGCAGCCUCCCACGGUGAACCUCUCCGCCUCCAGUCCGCAGUCCGCGGAGCACCCAGUGCUCGACGGCAUGUCCCCGGGGGAAAGCAUGUCUACAGAUCUUGUUCACUUUGAUGUCCCCUCCAUCCACGUAGAGCUCGGGUCGACGCUCCGCCUGAGUCCCCUGGAGCACGUGCGGCGACCCUCUGUGGCUGAGAAGAGGGACUCGGAGGAGGAGUCUGAGAGCACCGCCCUUUGACACAUGUGCACACACUUGGGCCCAGACCAACACCGUCAGAGCGCCCCUGGGCCUGCCAAGUGUCCUCCGUUGGCUCUUUGCUGUCACUGCCAACACAAGGCUGGGGGUUUGCAGAAAACUGUCAUCUCCAGCCUGUGUGGCAAAUGUCGGUGGUGCCAAUUUUGUUUGUUCCCUUCGGAUGGUGACUUUCGCCUUUUGUUUGAUCUUUGCCUUUUGACUUUGUGCCUAUUUGAUCCACUUCCGGCCUCCAUGCCAAGCAACAGCCCUCUCCACCCAAGGGCUCGCCCGCGGGGCGUCUGCGGGCGGGGCUGUGAAGGAGGCCGCUCUGCCAGGCGCGGCCCAGGCCGCCACUGUGCUGACAGCAAACACCCGCCCUCCCAGGGUCAGCCGCUUGGCCACAGCAGGGGCAGCAGGGAGCCGGGCCUCUGUGCCCGGGGGCCUAGUGGGGCCCAGGGAGUCCCGGGGCGCUGGCCUGCCUGCUGCCCUCAACUGUGGGCUCUGAAGUACACAACUUAAAACAAAACCUGUUUCACUUCCCAAGUUCCACUCUUCCACACCCUGUGACUGAAAGCUCCUGUUUCUACCGUACCGUUCCACACGUCUGAGUGUAAAGGGUGGUCUUCGGGAUGUGCAGAGGGCCUAACGGGAGCUCCCCCCAUGCCCCGCCAAGCAUCAGGUAACGUGACAGUAACUGUGCCCCUUGGGCUCUCAGAGGCCGCUGGCCCACAAGGUGCGUGGGGUCCAGGAGCUACCACUUUUCUGGAGGUCACAGGUGAACAGCAAUAACUGUUACCCAAAGUCGGCGCAGAAGUGCCGCCGGCCCGGGGAGACCACGGGGCCAGUGCGGGGCCCUAGGGCCCGUGCACCCUGCGCUUGCAGCGCCCGGCUCUCGUCCCUCCUUGUGGAGCCCCGCCCGUGCUCGGGGAGGGCCCGGCAGCACCGGGGAGCCUGUCACGCUUCAGGCGGAGGCAGUGAGAAACAUGCGGGCCAUGCAUGCAGAGUCAAACUUUACAAUUUUAUCCUUUUAAAAUAGAUAUGAUAAACCUAUACAUGAUAUAUUUGUAUAUAUGAAAUUUCUCUAUAUUUGUUUAAUUUGAGCCAUUCAAUCUAAACCAAUGUACAGGUGUACAAUGAGAAAUUUAAAUGCUUAGUUAUUUUUCCCAACCGUGUAAACAGCUUUUCUCUUGACUGUGGGACUGGCCAACUUGGACGCUAACAGCUUCACGCACUUCCUGGCAAGGGCGGCUCAGCACCCAAUUUGUAAUGAAGCCCAGGGGUUGAAAGUACCUUUAAAAACAUGUACAAAUAGUUGUCAAAAGUCAUCUUAUUAAAAUAGAUUUAUU